AGUGUCUCACACGAUUACUCUGACAAGGCCUGUCGUUACUCACCCGUAGCUAGUUGAACGGGGUUUCGGUAAGAGCCAUGGCCCUGUGAUUGCCAGCAAGUCAGCUAAUUAACUUUUUUUAAAAAGAAACUAGGAUAAGUCGCCGUUGGCGAGGCUUUGACUAAACGUCACAUCGUCAGAGUCACAGGUUUGAGUGUUACCCCGCGACUGCCAGCUAGUUAGCUAGCUAAAGACGCAGCUAGCUAUUCGCCGACCAAGCACCUCUAAAUUAGAUCCUGGUGUCUGUUUCAAGAUGUCAACUGCGGGGUUCAACUCUCAGAAUGGGACAGGGACGGGACAAGCAUAUGCGAAUGGUCCAUCACAGAAUCCAGUUGCCCUACAGCAGCUGCCAGGGGUCAGCUAUGGCAUGACCCACCAACCAGCCUACAAUCCAAUGCAGGCCAAAGCUCCCGCACCUCCCGGCCCUGGACUCUACCCCUCUGGGGCAUACCAGCCUGUUCCCCCUGUCAGCUCCUACCAGCCUGGCCCACCACUCACUUCCUACCCAGCUUCCCCAGGCCAGCCACUGUUGACGAGGCCUCCAAUGGGAGGUCCUCCAUCUCAUACCCCUCCUCAGUCUGCCAGCCCCAGCCCUGGUCCCAGGCUGCCCCCUGCACAGGCCACACCCCCCCCUCCUGCUGCAUCUUCUGGUAGCUACUACUCAAACCCGCCGCAGCCUGUGGCUCCAGCAUGGCAGUACAACACAGCUCCCCCACCAAUGGGGCCACCCAGUUCCAUGAGCACACCUCCCCGCGGACCUGUUGCAAAUCAUGUGAACCCAGCUUCAAGCUCUGCAGUGCUGCCACCACCAUCAUCGGCAGCUUACAGCUCUGCACCACCAGCCCACGUGUCCCAUAGUGCCACCCAACCUCCAGGCCCCAGGAUGCCCCCCACCUCUCUGCAUGGAUAUAUCCAGCCAGGCACUGCACCUCCACCAAUGAAUCCCAUGGCUUCCCAAACAUACCAGCCAAGCAGACUUCCCUAUGGGCUCCCAACUACAGGACCCCCACCUACAGGCCCACCACCAGCCAUGAAACCUACACCACCUCCCACUGGACCCCCAAUGGCCAAUGCCACACCUCCACCCCCCAAAGCUGAUGCUCAGUGUGGGGCGGCUGUUAACAGCACUCUUUCCCCCACUGAGCCCGACUGCCAGGAGGGGGAUAUUGAAUGUCCAGGAACUGUGGCUGGCAAUGGCCCCCAAGCAUCAAACAGCUAUAAUCAUGUUGACAACAAAAUGGCUGGCCUGCCCCAGCCUGGACCACCUGGUCGACACUUGGGCCACUACCCCUCUCUCCCCCCUGGGUACCAGAACACCACGGCUCCCCACAAUGCCGCCCCCCCCAUGCACCCUGCGAUGCAAGCUGCCACACAGCCUUACACUCAAGCACAUCAGCCAUACCAGCAGCCACCGGGUGGCCCAGGGCCGGCCCAGCUGAGCCCGUCCUUGGCAGCCAUGAGCCUCCAGUCCACCACCCCAGAGGCCCUGAGAGUGGUCAACCUGCUCCAGGAGAGGAACCUGCUGCCACCAAGCUCGAUCCCUGCCCCGACACCCUGCCUGCCCCAGGACCUGCAGAAGAUUAACUGCAACCCAGAGGUUUUCCGUUGUACACUGAGUAGUAUCCCUCAAACCCAGUCUCUGCUCAAUAAAGCCAAGAUGCCGCUGGGCCUGCUGCUCCACCCCUUCAAAGACCUCUCGCAGCUUCCCGUGGUGACAUCCAGCACUAUUGUCAGAUGUCGGUCAUGCAGAACCUAUAUCAACCCCUUCGUCUCUUUCCUGGACCAGAGGAGGUGGAAGUGCAACCUUUGCUAUCGGGUUAAUGAUGUUCCAGAGGAAUUUAUGUACAACCCAGUCAGCAGAUCAUAUGGAGAGCCACACAAAAGACCGGAGGUCCAGAACACCACUAUUGAGUUCAUUGCUCCUUCAGAAUACAUGCUGAGGCCACCGCAGCCUGCUGUUUACCUCUUCGUACUGGACGUAUCCCACAAUGCAGUGGAGACAGGCUACCUGAAUGUGUUCUGUCAAUCACUGCUGGACAAUAUCAAUGCGCUUCCUGGAGACUCGCGAACAAAAGUAGGCUUCAUCACCUUCGACAGCACCAUCCACUUCUACAACCUGCAGGAGGGACUCUCCCAGCCUCAGAUGCUCAUCGUGUCAGACAUCGAAGACAUCUUUUUACCAACACCAGACAGCCUUCUAGUAAACCUCAAUGAAUGCAAAGAACUCGUGCAGGAUCUGCUUAAGAGUCUGCCAAGUUUAUUUGAAAAGACCAUGGAGACCCAAUCUGCCCUGGGAUCAGCUCUGCAAGCAGCCUUCAAGCUGCUGUCGCCCACAGGAGGGCGCAUGUCUGUCUUUCAGACGCAACUGCCCAACCUCGGUGUGGGGGCACUCCAGUCCAGAGAGGACCCCAACCAGCGGGCAUCUGCCAAGGACAUCCAGCACUUAUCCCCAGCGACGGACUUCUACAAGAAGCUGGCUCUGGACUGCUCUGGCCAGCAGGUGGCUGUUGACCUGUUCCUGCUCAGCUCCCAAUACUGUGACCUGGCAUCGCUUGGCUGCAUAUCCAGAUACUCAGCAGGGAGCGUUCACUACUACCCUUCCUACCACCACCAGCAUAACCCCGCUCAGGUGGAGCGCUUCCAGAAGGAUCUGAAGAGAUACUUAACCAGGAAGAUUGGCUUUGAGGCUGUCAUGAGGAUACGCUGCACCAAAGGUCUAUCCAUCCACACGUUCCACGGAAACUUCUUUGUGCGGUCCACAGACCUGUUGUCCCUCCCUAACGUGAACCCAGAUGCUGGCUUUGCAGUUCAGAUGUCCAUCGAGGAAAACUUGGACGACAUGCAGGUUGUCUCUUUCCAGGCCGCCCUGCUUUACACUUCCAGCAAAGGAGAGAGGAGGAUCCGUGUCCACACUUUGUGUCUCCCUGUGGUCAAUUCUCUGUCAGAUAUCUUUGCUGGGGCCGAUGUUCAAGCCAUUACUGGGCUGCUGGCUUGCAUGGCUGUGGACCGUUCAGUGACAGCCAGUCUGAGUGACGCCAGAGAUGCGAUGACCAACGCUGCCAUUGACUCGCUGUCAUCGUACCGGCAGUCUGUGUUGACCAUCCAGCAGCCCGGUCUGCUGGCCCCGGCCUGCCUCAGACUCUUCCCCCUUUACAUCCUUGCGCUGCUCAAACAGAAAGCCUUCAGGACAGGUACCAGCACCAGACUGGAUGACCGGGUGUUUGCCAUGUGUCAGCUGAAGUACCAGCCACUGGCCUACACCAUGCUGAUGAUCCACCCUGCUCUGUACCGUGUCGACGAUCUGACCGAUGAGGGAGCUUUGAACAUCAACGAGCGGACCAUACCCCAGCCCAGAGUGCAGCAGCUGUCUGUGGAGAAGCUCAACAGGGACGGAGCUUUCCUCAUGGACGCUGGAAUAGUGAUGUAUCUGUGGAUCGGACGGAACUGCCACCCCAACUUCCUCACACAAGUCCUGGGAGUUCCCAACUAUGCUGCCGUGCCUGAUAACCUGUAUCUGCUGCCAGAGCUGGACACCGCCGAGUCACAGAGAACCAGAGCUUUCAUUGGUUGGCUGAGGGAUCAGAGGCCAUUCUUCCCCUCUCUGCAUGUCGUCAGGGACGAGAGCCAGCUGAAAGCCAGCUUUAUGCAGAACAUGAUCGAGGACCGAACGGAGUCGGCCCUGUCAUACUAUGAGUUCCUGCUCCACCUCCAACAGCAAAUCUCCAAAUAAUCUUCAGUGGGACUGUGGAGAUGAGCGAACACUGAAGCAAGGAUGCGCAUCAGUGUAUGUGUGUGCGUAUAUAUGUAAAUGGUGUGCGUGUGUGUGUGUGCGCGUGCGUCUGUGUGUGUGUGUGUGCUUGAAAGCAGAGGGAGGCAGGCUCAAGGAUGCCUCUUGCUUCAUUUCCAGCUGUGGUCCACCAUCUCUCUGAGGAAAACUUUCUAAACUGAACUGAUGUGAAGCGUCACUCAAAUCAAACUAAGUGACGGACAGUGUGAGGACGGAGAGACAAAGAUGCAUUUUUGGCACUUUUUACCCAGCUGAAGCAAAGGAAGAAUAAAAUCAAGAAAUCCACGACGAUGAUGAUUACAUGUGUCAAUGAUCGAAUGGAUCAGUGUUUAUUCUCAUAGAACAAUGCUGUCUAACUGAGGUAUCGCUCAGAUAGAGGCAGCAAACAGAUGUGUUAAGUGUUUUUGUUCAAAAAGCACAGUCGUCUUUACUAAAACAAAUCAAACAUAUGUAUGUAUGUAUGUAUGUAUGUAUGUAUGUCUAAGAUUAGGUUUAUAAGGAAGGUUCGUAUGUCUGCGCUAAAAGACUGUUAUUGGGUGUCACCUGGAGUAUUUGUAUACAGAACACCUGAGCUCUAACAACACUCUAAUAUCGUACCCGAAGGACAGAACAUGUGCUUUUUAUUUCUCACUCAUUAUAAUUGUGUGUCGAACAAAUCCAUAGACUCUGUUGUUAAAGGCAGAAGGGUUAAAGAUGUUUUAAGGCGGAUCGACCUCACUGUCAUCGCUGCCUUGAAUGUGUGUGGACAGUGGAAAGUUGUUUUCAUUGGUCUAAUCUGUCCUUCAGAAACUCUGUCAUCUUUUCUCUCUCUGGACAUUCAGAACACCUCUGAUGGCAUUGCUGUUCUGUUUAAUUUCUUUUUUUCUGAUUGUUUAAUUUAUGAGACUCCCAAUCUGAUUAAAUUCUAUAAUUGCCUUGUA